AUGAGAAAAAAGUUAGAGCCCGAAGAAAGACCAAUAUACAGUGUAGUGACCGUGUAUCGUGAGAGAGGAAAUUACUUGCAGCGCUUGGAGCAAUUCGAGAAAGCAAUUCUCGCUUACAACGAAGCUCUCCGGUGGAAUAACUCUGACAUUGGUUCGCUGCUCGGUAGAAGUUUGGCUCGCGCCAAGGCGACUCAUUAUGCUGGUGCCUUAGAAGAUGCUGCACGAGCUGCCCAACUCGAGCCGGAGAAUCUGACAGCUCUGCAAAUAAAAGCGAAAACUGAAUAUGAAAAAUGUGAAUUCGAGAGGACCUUAGUGCUCGCUUAUCGAGGCCAGAGAUUGAGAUUAUUGCCGCCAAACUUCGCAGAUUGUGUACGAUGCGCUGAAGAAACGGUACGAGAAUGUGUUGGCGAAACAGCUGAGAAAACACUAUCUUCGAGAACUAAACAAUUACAAGUAAUUGAUAUGGUUUACGAUACUAUGGACAACGUCAUAAAUGUACCCAAACGAAAAUCUAGGAUGCUGCCACAAACAACCCAUCAAAUUCAAGAAAUUUCUCGUGUGGAAAAACAGAAGGCUGAACAUAUAUCCCGAGUAAUGGCUUCGAAGUAUUUGGAGCAAAUGGCUCAUGAUAAAUAUUUUCUCACAACACUUUGUAAAGAUGAGAGACUUUAUUCCGCAAAUAAACUGGGAGCGCAGAAACUACAAAUAUUAGCUAAUAAAGCUUUAGCAGAUGUUGAAAAGAGACAAGCUGUUCUUCGGGAACGUAGACCUUUGUAUGCUGCACGAGCCAUAGAAGCAGCUGCUAGAGCCAGACUAUCCAAAGCUCGUAAGCAAAGAAUAGGGCACGCCCAGCGUCAGCACGCAACAGACGCUCGUCGACUGGUUACUGCUGCUCAAGAUAUUUACGAGAACCAUGACACGGCAAAAUGCCUUGAAGCAGCUGAAUUUGGGAUGGAGCAAAUCUCCAGAAUUCCGUCAAAUAUGCUACCAGACAAAGAUGUUUAUUUGCAGCAACUACAUGAAAUCAUCGCAGAGGCCUUCUUAGAUCAGAAGCGUGUUAGAGAUGAAAUGAGCGAAGCAGAUCGCGAGAAAAGAGCCUUUAUACUAUUGGGAAUACCAAUAUCGCGUGAACCGAGCCGAGAUUCAAUUUUGCGUACGCGACCUCCGGCGCCCCCUCGUGAUGCGAAACGUCGUCUACGAAGGUUGGAGCGAGCGUUAACUGUAAGCGGCCGUGCGUCAGAACGCUGUUACGCGUUACAUGAGUUUGGACGCCUUCUUGCUGACACGAAACAAGCACACAGAGCAAGAUUCUACGCUUUGAAAUGUCAAUCCGAAGCGAGAUCCACUGGUCAACGUGUUUGGUUACUAAACGCAACAUUUCUCUUAGCUCGAUGUCACAUACUACAAAACAAUCGUCCUGAAUCCAGAGCGGCACUGAUAGAGGGAGCUGGACUUGCUAGGUCUUUUGGUUAUAAAGAUGUUGCUGCAUUCUUUGAUACGUGCGUUGAUGUAUCAUUGGAAGGGGAGAUAGGCUCUUCAGAUUCGAUAUUGGAAAAACGCGAGAAAGCUAUGGUUAGUCUGAUGCAGGAUGACGACAUGCGCAAGGCAGCUGAGCACCUGUUUCGAAGAAUGUCUGUCAUACCCGCUUCCAGACGUUUCUCUGUGAUGCCGGGCGCUAGAGCGGAGAGCGCGCCGUCCGCCGCCGGCCGUCGCGUAUCGAUCAUGCCGAGAACUCAGCAGCCUGUGCGAAUUGCACACAAAUCACGACACCCGCUGGGAUUUCAGGAUUUCGACACGUGACUCCAUCACAAAAGCAAUUUACUAGUUAUUUUAUAUAAAAAACAAAGAUAUAACAUUUCACAUAUACUAAACCUAACCUUAUCUAGUCUUUUCUAUUUCGACAUAUUUUUAUUAAUGUUUAUAGUUUAUAUUUUGAUACCCUUUUAUAAUUGUUAAGCACUACGAAAAUAUUUACAUAAAAUUCUAGUUACUCCAAUAUUAUGAUAGUUUAAUUUCAUUAUAGAGAUAACAAAAGGGUAGAAUAAAUUAAGAAAUGUAUCUGAUAUUAUUAAACAUUAUCGAUAAAGUAAAAAUCGAAGCAAUACCAUAUUUAAAUUUUUGAGUAUUAGAAGAAAGGGAAGUCCUUUGUAUCUCUCAUAUGUUUAUUUAUUGCUAAAAAGAAAUAAUCGAUCGAUCAUAAAUAGUCAGUUGAUUUUCGGAGCAAUUUUCUUUAAUAUUUUAGUGUCUAA